AUGAAUGUAAGGAAUGUGGAAAGGCUUUUGGUCGUGGCUCACACCUCACUCUACACCAGAGAAUUCAUACUGGAGAGAAACCCUAGGAAUGCAAAGAAUGUAGAAAAGCUUUCAGUUACCACUCAUCCCUCCUUUGAUAUGAAAAAACACAUGCUAAAGGAAAACCGCUAUGAAUAUAAAGACUGUGGGAAGGCUUUUAGCAACAGCUCAAUUCUUAAGGGACAUCAAAGAGUUUACAGUGGAGAAAGACCCUAUGAAUGUGGGAAACGUGGGAAAGCCUUCCAUCACCACUCAAUCCUUACUCAACAUCAGAGAAUUCACACUGGAGAAAGACCCUAUGAAUGUAACAAUUGUAAUAAAGCCUUCCGUUAUCAUUCACAUCUUAUUGGACAUCAAAAAAUUCAUUCCAGAGCAAACCUCUUUGAAUGUAAGGAAUGUAGACAGUCCUUUAGUCAUAACAGAGAACUUUCACACUAUCAAUGA